AUGGCGCUACCCAUGUUGAGAGGUUGUUACUGUAGUAGGCCGCCUUCGACACUAUUUCGUCUCUUCAAACCCGAGCGAGUUGUGUUGUCCUGGUCAAAAAAUACCCGCCGGAUACCCACAGUAAAUGUCGGUGUUGUUUCCGCAGUGCGAACGUACAGCUCUGACCGAGGUGGACUUACUCCAAAACAGAAGGUUGUUGUGGUUAAUAUCCCCAACCCGUUUAAGUGGAUACGCACCCGGAUAUACUACUUUUUGAUUCGAGCAUAUUUUGAUAAGGAAUUUCGCAUCGAAGAAUUCACGGACGGAGCAAAGCAGGCAUUCUCCCAUGUCUCCAUACUCCUGUCCCAGUGUCAGUUUGAGGCACUUGAAAGUCUGGUUGCUCCAGAUCUGAUUGGGAAACUGAAGGAGAAAUGUGCCCUUCUCCCCCCAAGUCACAUUCAAGCCAUUUCUGCAGAUCCUGAAGAGAUCAUGUAUACGAUGCCAGAGGAUGUGGGGAUCUGCUAUGAUGAUGAUGGGCGAAAGUUUGUCAUUAUUCUGAUGCGUUUCUGGUAUCUGACCAGUGCUGAGCUGGCUGAUGAUACUAUGGAAGGAGCACGCAUAUUCCAGAUAUCUGCUGGAGAAGGAGAUGCAAAUGCUAAACGACUACUCACUGCAAAUUAUGAGUUCCAAAGGGAGUUCACCAAGGGGGUGGCUCCUGAUUGGAUCAUCACCAGGAUAGAACACUCGAGGCUUCUGGAUUAACAUGGCGGUGACGGAAGGUAGAAGGGAGGCAUCGAUUGAUGGAGAGAAUAAGGGGGUGGAGGACCAGAGUUCCUCAGACCUGAGACCCUGCAAGAUUACUCCCCUUCCUGCUGAAAUGAGACGACCCCAAAGAACAGGACUCGGGACAUGAACGGAAUGUUCUAGGGGGGACGAUUGGGGCGAACUGCCAUUAAAUACAUGCUGUCUACUGCAGAAGAGCUACACGUGGGUUAGACAUGUCAGAGAUCUCUGGUGUGGCUUCUGAAACUGGUUCUUGCUUCUGAUUCGCUCCUGCAGUUUAAAUCAGAGGUCACGACUUGGCUUUGAGAACAGGGCUUCAAGGUUAGAGACUUUCAUUUUGUGUUUUGGAUGAGUCAUCAUUUGAGGGUGUCACACACAUAGAGGUACUGUUGAGAUUCUGUCAUCAGUCUCAGAUUUGCUGCUGUCAAUGCUAUGACGUUCAGUGUAACUGACACACAGAGAAACUGUAUUCACAUUUAUCAACUAACAUGGAAACGUUCUUUUGAUAAAAUAUUUUGCAAGGUGAUGCUAUGGAGGAAUUACUACAGCAGUAUGUUUUAUAAUUGCCCUGUUAUCACAUCAAAACCAUGCCAUAUAAAUGUUUUAUGCUGUAUCAAGCAGAUAUUUGACAUUCAUCUCUAUAAUAAAAACAUGUUUCAGUG